AAUCAAGUCAGACGGGUUUUCAUCCAACACAGGAGGGUUUUAGGACUCCAGUAGCGAGAAGCAGAGGAGCCGCCACAACGCGCUCUUCCCCUUCUCAAACUCAAGGAUGCCUAAAUCGAAGCGUAAUAGACCAGUGACGUUAUCGAAGACUACGAAGAAGGGGAGGAACCAUAAAGAAUCAAUCGUGAAUUCAAUAAGACAGGCGGUAGACAGUUACAACUCUAUUUAUGUUUUUUCUUUCGAGAAUAUGAGGAAUCAAAAGUUCAAGGAAUUUAGGGAGCAGCUCAAGUCUAGUAGCAGGUUUUUCCUUGGAUCGAACAAAGUGAUGCAGGUCUCUUUAGGCAGAUCUGUUGCUGAUGAAAUAAGACCUAGCAUUCACAAAGUCUCUAAGCUUUUGUGUGGAGAUACUGGGCUUUAUCUUACUAAUUUGCCAAAAGAAGAGGUCCAAAGACUGUUUGAAGAAUAUGAGGAAUAUGACUUUGCAAGGACAGGAAGCUCAGCUACAGAAAAGGUGGAGCUGAAAGAAGGGCCUUUAGAUCAGUUCACACAUGAGAUGGAGCCAUUUUUACGCAAGCAAGGGAUGCCUGUUCGAUUGAACAAAGGUGUGGUAGAGCUUGUCUCUGACUUUGCUGUAUGUGAAGGGGGAAACCCGUUGUCACCUGAGGCAGCUCGCAUACUGCGUCUGCUUGGGAUUAAGAUGGCAACCUUUCGCCUUCAUCUAAUCUGCCGGUGGAGCCCAGAUGAUUUUGAAUUUUAUGAAGGGCUGUGUCUUUCGGCAGGUGAAUCAUCAUAGGCCCCUCCGAAUUGCUCAUGUGAAUGUAAGCACCGUCUGGGAGUGUUCAUGCACAUGUAUUGUACGAAUAGUUAUAGGUAGUAAUAGCAAGCUAAGUUAGAUGUUGGAAGUGUGUUUUUUUCGGUUGGGAGGUGUUGAGUGCCAGGUUGAAUCUGGUCGAAAUUUUGUUUUCCUGCUUUUGCUUGCCCUUGCACUUCGGUUUUGUAAUUUAUUCAGGCUGAGAGGUAAACUUCCUUUUUCUGUUCA